AGAAAAAACAGUAAGGUCAUGGCUGUGAAAGAAUGGUUCAGACAACUGCAGCCAGUCCAGCUAUACCUGGUGCUUUUCUUCACGAGCACCUUCUUCAUAAUCGAAAUAAUAGCCAGCCAUGUGACACAUUCACUUACUCUACUACUCAAUGCUUAUCACAUGCUGUGUAAUAUUGUUGCAUUAGUCGGAUGCAUCGCUUCUGUCAAGUAUGGUAAGCAAGAUAAAUGCCGGAGAGACCGUAACUCAAAAGACUCAAUUAUUUGUAUUAAAGAGAAUGAAAAUCCUUCAGCAUCUGAAUCUAAACACUCAUGCUCAGAUAGCAGAAUGAAGAAUACAUUUGGAUGGGCGAGGAUUGAUAUCCUGACGAUGCUUAUGUGUUGCGUGCUUCUCGCUUCGUUUUGUUUCUCGUUAUUGGUGGAAGCGCUGCAAACUCUCAUUCACAUUGACCAUCUCGAUGAAAUGCAUCAUCCGGUCCCGGUUAUGUGUAUUGGAAACGCGACAGACGAACAGAGACUCGCUAAUCCAACUAGAAGAAGUCCACUGGCGAUUCCAAGGAGACAAGGAUUCCAAGAAAUGUGUCGAGAUGUUCUUGGAUGUAUUUUAGUUGUUGUCAAUUCUCUGCUAGUUUAUCUCACAGACGCUCAUUUAGCUAAAUUCUUUGACCCGAUUUUUGCAAUAAUUUCUUCAGUUUCUCUCUUUGCUUUGAGCUAUCCGUACUUAAGAGAAUCUGGAUUAAUUUUACUGCAAACAAUUCCUAAUCAUAUAAAUAUUGAUUCACUGAAAAAAGAAUUACUCGCAGCGUUUCCGGGAAUUGUUAAUGUCCACGAUUUCCAUGUCUGGCAAUUGGCUGGUGAAAAAAUAGUUUCUACUAUUCAUAUAAUAUUUUUGGAUCAAACGGUUUACUCGGUGAUAAUCGAUCAAGUGACGGCAUUUUUCACGGAAAUGGGAAUAACGCACGUGACAAUUCAACCUGAAUUCCAAAAAAUGAAAGAAGUCAGCAAGUCAGAUUGCCUGAUCCGUUGUCGAGGAAAACGAUGCAUCGAGUCUCAGUGCUGCUCCAAAGACGAUCUUCUCGACGAAGUAAUACUGGAUAAAAGCGACAAGAUAAUAAAUAAAAAAUUUCUGCGCAAAGAGAUAAUUCCCUCUGAAGAAGAUGUUAAUUUAAAAAAAUUCACGCUUCUUAAAAGUGACAGCACUAAAUCGAUGAAUGUCAGCUUGAAGGAUACUGAGAAAAUUUCAGUCUCUAAACCCUCGAGAGAUCACAGAAAUAGUUGUCCUGAUGGAAACGUCAGUGUCAUAAAUGUUGACGUUAAUUCAGUUCGCGCAGAUCCCUGUGAAAAUGUCAAAAAAUAA